CUGACAAUUGACAUUGACAUGAUAUUCGUAAAAAAGAAUCAAAACAGUUUCAUAUAAAGCAUAAAGUAGAAGAAAAAACAAAUAGUAAGAGAAUAUUUAAGAUGGAAGAAGACGAUCACGACGAGCUAUUACAGUGCACAGAUGAUGAGUCUUUGUCUGACACCGAAGACCAAUGUCUUCCUAUCGAUAAGCCUGAAGAAAACUACCGACACACCCUUACCUACUUCUGCCACACCAAACUAGAAUUCAUCACCACCAAGUUAGCCCUAAUCUUUUCAACAUCUGUGAUGCUCAUACUGUUCCCACUUUAUUUGGAAGCGAUAAACGUCCGUGGCAGUGCUUACUCCAUGAUUUUGACGAAUACCUCCAUUUCCACCCUCCUGUUUGUCGUGACAAUGGUCAUUGCAAAGUGUUUCUGUGAGAAAUACAGGAAUAUAAGGAUAUGCAGUUUCCCCGUACAGUUUUCCAAGCUCCUUCAGCUGUCUGGGGUGUAUUUUUUAUGCGCAUUUAUGAUCGUGUACGCUUUGGACAGGAAGAGAGUUAUAUGCCACCUGCAAGACCCAAUUAAAGGGAUCGUUCUUGUGUUUUCGCUGUUAUAUUAUUUCUUCUUUUGCAGAAAGUUAAUGGGGCUUCAAAGGAUAUUCUCUGCAACCACAAUAAUCGUAGGUUUGUUCAUUGCCGUCGACUAUGGGUUGUGCGACGAAUUUCGAUGUAGAGGUUAUGAACGUGAAAAGGUGUCCGAUGACAUGGGUGCUUGGAGUUGGCAGACUCACGCUAUUUGGACCACGAUUUACAUCGCCGGGUUAGCUAUGUUCGCGGGGUAUUUCACUUUGCUGGAUAGAUACGUUCUGACCAAUAACGAAAUGGAAUUCCAUAACAUCAGUAUACCGUCAACGUUUCUCAGUACAGUGUCAAGAUCCGUGUCCUUUCCAAAUACGAAUAACGUGGGCACUUCACAAUUUAUCGGUGGCGCUUCCCCAGAGAACUCUCACUUGACCAAGAAGAAUUCGGUGGUGCACUUAGCUAUGUGGAUUCAUAUCUUAGGGCUCGCUAUUAUUUUGCUGUUGUUUUGGGUGGAUUUUAUACCGGCAGUUGGAAAAGGUUCCGAUAUUGGUGACUUCUGGAAUUACACCUUGAACGGAUUCAUAUGCCACUUCCAGAAACCGAUCCCGCCGUCUCUGGGCAAGUCCCCCUGUGGAAACGUCUUCCUCUUCUCCUGGAUGUUCAUGUGCUCCUACGUUCUCUUUGUGGUGAUGUCCGUCAAGUUCCUAAUCCUGUCCCAAUCAGCGGUGUACACCAUAGCCACCAUGUCCACUUCCUUGCCGUUAGUCGGCAUCUGGUGGUCACUGUUCCACGCCGUACCCGAUAAUAACGGUCUAAUGGUAUGGUCCCCGUCCUUGACGGGAGAACUGAUAUGCGCCAUCCUGGGCCUGCCCAUCAUACUGGUAGGCCUCUUCUUGCUGUGCAAGGCCCAUUUCAAGGACUACCAGUGGUCCAGGCUGAGCACAACGCACGUCAUGCCGGGCAACCACUUCGCCUGAGACUUUAUGUAAGGCCGUAAAACCCUUUAAUGUUUUUUUUUUAGUUCCGUUUCGCGGUUCCUUUCAUUAGCGUUUAAGUUGUGAUAGUAUUGUGAUUUAGGUUAAAAGUGGGCGAAUAUUUUCGUUAGCGCAUCGGGGGAUAACUUUUCUUUACUGGAAAGACUGAUUCUAGUGUAGACACGACGAUUACAAGGAUAGUUGUCGCACUAGUUUUGAAAUUUUUCCAUUCGAUCUUCUUUGUAGCCUAAUUAUUGAUUUAUUUGUAAUUGAAACAUAUUUUUGAAACCGAUUAUGUGGUAUUGGAUUGUGCCAGGUUUAGCGAGAACAAAAAGCAAUUUCUGCCUUGUUUUACUAAAACUAACUUUUUUUAUAGAAUUCUGCCAUUUUCCAAGAAAAACAUCGUUUUAAUUGUUAGAACGUUUUAGAUACUAUUAAUAACCUAAAAUUACGAAAGUGUAGAAGGACUACCUUAAUUUUUUUUUAAACUCGGUAUUCCGACCAUUUUGAUUACUUUUUUUAUUUUUUUUAGCUCGGUAUUAUGCCUAUAAACUUAAAAUUAGAAAUGUUACGCAGAAUUUGUGAGAAAUUCAUUGUUAUUUUGGGUUAUCUGUUCAAGUUCUUGAAUUAUCCUGGAAAAAAGUGAAAUAACACCAAGGAUAUGGUGAAAAUUCAAUAAACUUAUCGAUACUGAAAUGGCAGAAAGGAAACGUCAUUUUGAACAAAAGAUUUCCUGUAACCAAAGGUCAAAAAAAAAUAAGUAUCUUUUUUAAUAAUUAUAAAACAGACAUUAACAUUAAAAAAGCACAGAUAUUUACAGUGAUUUAGAUGGAGCGGUGCGAGUGUGUCGUUUAUCUAUAAAAAUUGUAUGUGAUUUUUUCGGUAAAUGAAAAUUUUUCACUAAAAUACAGGGUGAUUCACAAAUGGUGACCAAAAAAGAAACUUCGAUUCUUUGCUGAAUUUUAAGGGGAGUCUUUCCUAUAAAGUUUUUAUCUAGGACGUUUCGUUAAAAAGAU